GUUGUGUCUCCAGUCCAGCAGGAGUCGCUCUGCAGCUCUUCAGUCCGCCGAUAAACCCACUAAAGAAAGAAAGAAAGUCAAACAUCAAGCGCUGCGUGUUCACAUCACUCUGAUUUUCUCUCUUUAGGGUUUUUACGAGUGUAUUUUUGUGUUCAGAUGUUGACGAUGACGUCACGUGCGGAUUGGAUGAGCUCCAGACACACGCAGUGUUCAGGGAAACUAAUGGAAAUAAAAACAGAACCCACAGUGAAGGAAGAACAGACUGAUGAAGAUGAGAAUCACGAUGAUUUUAUUCCUUCAGUCAAACAGGUGAACGUUGCGAGCCUGGAAAUAAAAACUGAACCCAAAUCAGAUGAAGAACAGUCUAAUGAAGAUAAUGAUUUUAUUCCUUCAGAUGAGAGCGGUGAUUCAUGUUGUGAUGGAGAAACGGCCUCUACAUCAAAACAGCGACUGACAGCACAAACUCUUUCCUGCAUCUCCUGUGGAAAGACAUUCAGUUCACAGAGACGUUUAGAGACACAUGAGAGAAAACACACAGAACAGAAACUCUUCACCUGCACCAGAUGUGACAUCAGCUUUCCUACCUUACAAGAGAAGAAACUUCAUUCACAAGAGCACAGAUACCAGAAACACUUUCACUGUCAGCAGUGUGGGAGAGCUUGUGUCUCGUCUUCUAGUCUGAACGCUCACAUGAGGACACACACUGGAGAAAAACCUUUCCACUGCAGUUAAUGUGACAAAUAUUUCAGCUCCAAAGCAAAUCUUGUUACUCAUCAGAGAACUCACAAGGAGGAAAAACCCCACAAGUGUCCUCACUGUGAGUGGAGAUUCAAACGCAAACCUCAU